AUGCCCAUUCCAACCUUCGACUCCAAACCCCAACAGCAAGCAGCGGAGGCUAAUCGAGCUGGUGAAACAUGCUCCACGGGCCAGGCUGAUCUUGCCUCCUUCGCCGCACUGGACGGCAGCGUGUCCCAUUUUGACCCAAAGUUCCGUGAGACUCCAGCCUCGGAGCAGGGCGAACGCCCAUUGAGCAAGGAAGAGAUUGACCGACUGUAUGAGGAGCGCAUGGAGGAUGAGUACGCCAAAAGAGAGGGUGGUGCCUAA